CGGGUGUGGCGGGGCCAUGGCUGCCGGGGACCUAGCUGGGAGCUUCCAGGACGAAGUGACUUGCUCCAUCUGCCUGGAGUAUUUCACAGACCCGGUGACCAUUGAGUGGCACAACUUCUGCCGGGCCUGCAUCAGCCAGUGCUGGGGGGAGCUGGAGCCAAACUUCUCCUGCCCCCAGUGCAGAGAAACCGCCCUGCAGAGAGACCUGCAUCCCCACGGGCAGCUGGGGAACCUGGCGGAGCUAGUGAAACGCCUGAGGCUGCAGGCGGGGCCAGAGCCCGAGGGGCAGAGAGUGGGUGACAGGCACCAGGAGGCUCUGAAACUCUCCUGCGAGGAGGAUCAACCCCCCCUUUGCUUGGUGUGUGACCGAUCCUGGGCGCACCGCACUCACACGGUGGUUCCCAUGGAGGAGGCUACCCAGGAGCACAGGGUGAAACUCCAGGAAGCCCUGGGCCCUCUGAGGCAGGCACUGGAGGAGGCCCUGGAGCUGACAUCUAAAGAGCAGAAGAAAUACAUUAAUUGGCAGGACAAAGUGGAGAAUCGGAGACGGUCGAUCACACGUGAAUUUAAGAAACUGCACCAGCUUCUGAGUGAGGAAGAGCAGCUGCUCCUGCGGAGACUGGCGGAGGAGGAGAGGGAGAGUCUGCAGGGACUACAGGGCAAUAUAACAAAGCUCUCAGAGCAGAGUGCUGCACUGAUCAAUCUCAUCACAGAGAUGGAGGAGAAGUGUCAGCAACGGGCCGCUGAACUGCUGCAGGGUGUGAAAAGUACAUUGAUCAGGAUUGAGCAUGUGAAACUCCAGCCACCAGAAGCCAUUUCUCCUGCCCUGAAGAAUGGGUAUAAAAUCUGCCUUGACAUGAGGGAAAUGCUGGCAAGAUUCACCCUGGACAUGACUCUGGAUCCAGACACGGCUCAUCCCAACCUUGUUCUGUCUCAGGAUAGGAAACGUGUGAUACGCAAAACCAAACGACAAAAUCUGCCCAAUAAUCCUGAGAGAUUUGAUCCCUGUGUCUUUGUCCUGGGUGCUGAGGGAUUCACAGGAGGGAGGCAUUACUGGGAGGUGGAGGUGGGAGACAAGACUAGAUGGACUCUGGGGAUUUGUAAGGAGUCUGUGAGCAGGAAGAGUCCAGAUCACCUGUUGCCAAAAAAUGGAUACUGGACUAUGUGUCUGAGAGAUAGGGAAUAUGAGGCCCUCACCUUCCCCGCAACCCCCCUCCACGUGGGCAUCAAGCCCAGCCAGGUUGGGAUUUUCCUGGACUAUAAGGCAGGCGAGGUCUCAUUUUACAAUGUGACUGACAGAUCCCAUCUCUUCACUUUCACUGACACCUUCUUUGGAACAGUCCGUCCUUUCUUCAGUCCCUGUGCCAAUGCUGGAGGUAAAAAUGCAGCUCCCCUCAUAAUCUGCUCAGUCCGAGCUCAGGCCAGAGGGAAUCCUGGUCCCUGA